AUGUCCAGCAGCGAAGAUGAAUUGAUUAUCCGUGCUGCUACAGCUACCAUAGUAUGUGAAGGAAGCAGAAAACGUCAACGUAGGUGGUGGAUGCGAGCAAUUUUCAAAGAACGUGCAGGAGCUCCCCUAUUGGAUCAAUUACAGAUGGAAGAUGGAACAAAAAUUGCUAUAAGUAUUUCAAUAACCGAUCGACUAUUGAUUACUUUAAGAUUUUUAGCCACCGGAGAUUCUUUCCAAUCCUUAUCAUAUAUGUUUCGAGUGUCGAAAUGAUGCAUAUCACUAAUUGUGCCGGAUGUAUGUGAAGCACUCAUCGAUGCCCUAAAAGAUGUUGUGAAGUUUCCAACAUCACAAGAAGAGUGGCUUGCCGUUGAGCAUGUUUAAGAAAAAACUAAUUUUCCGCAUUGCGUCGGUGCUAUCGACGGAAAACAUAUUAUUUUGCAAGCACCUAUGAAUAGCGGCAGCAAAGUUUACAAUUAUAAGGGCACAUUUAGUAUAGUUUUAUUUGCCGCUGUUGAUGGAGAAUACAAUUUUAUUUUUUCAAAUGUUGGGUGCUAGGGAAGGAUUUCUGAUGGAGGAGGUUUUUAAAAAAACUUUUCUUUAUAACAAAAUUGUAAAUAAUAGUUUGAAUCUCCCGGAACUACGUGAAUUACCAGGAGGAAACAUAAAAGUACCUUUUGUAUUUGUAGGAUGCUUUUUCCCAAAAUAAACAUAUAUUGAAGCCUUUCAGUGGAUAUCAAUUGAAAGGUUCCGCUAAAAGGAUAUUUAAUUAUCGAAUUUUGCGGGUGAGAAUAGUUGUCGAAAAUGCGUUCGGAAUUCUGGCGUCAGUUUUCUGUGUUUUGCGGCGACCAAUGUUGUUCCAACCAGAAAAAGC